AUGUUUCGUGAUAAAAAACCAACAGCACGAAAUAAUUUAGAAGCACUGAAAAAUGAAAUUGAAAUAGACGAACAUAAAAUUCCGAUAAGUGAAGUUUAUCGAAGAUAUGGAACAAGUCCUGCUAUGGGUCUUAGUGAAGAACGAGCAAAAGUAAUACUUGAACGUGAUGGUCCAAAUGAUUUAACACCAGUACGAACAACACCAGAAAUUGUUCGUUUAGCAAAAAAUAUGUUUGGUGGUUUUGCAAUGCUUUUAUGGGUUGGUGCUUUUUUAUGUUUUGUUGCACAUUUUCUUGAAUUAUAUACAUUAGAAGAUCCACAAUAUGAUAAUAUGUAUUUAGGAAUAGCAUUAGCUAGUGUUAUUAUUAUAACAGGAUUUUUUUCUUAUCAUCAGCAAGCUAAAAGUUCAAAAAUAAUGGAAUCAUUUAAAUAUUUAGUUCCACAAGCAGCUUGUGUUGUUCGACAUGGAAAAUCAAGAAAUAUUCUUCCAGAACAUCUUGUUAUUGGAGAUAUUAUUGAAAUACGUCGUGGUGAUCGUAUACCUGCUGAUAUUCGAAUAAUUCGUGCAAAUGGUCUUAAAGUUGAUAAUUCAUCAUUAACAGGUGAAUCAGAACCACAAUCACGUGGAAUUGAAUAUACAAAUGAAGAUCCAUUAGAAACAAGAAAUUUAGCUUUUUUUGGAACAUUUGCUGUUGAAGGUUCAUGUAUUGGAAUUAUUAUUCGUACAGGUGAUAAAACAUUUAUUGGACGCAUUGCAAAUUUAACUGCUGGAGUUGAAUCUGGUAAAACUCCAAUAGCAACUGAAAUAAAUCAUUUUAUUCGUAUAAUAACAAUAAUUGCUGUUGUUGUUGGUGUUAUUUUUUGUAUUUGUUCCCUUUCUCUUGGUUAUACAUAUGUUGAAGCCGUUGUUUUUCUUAUUAGUAUUAUUGUUGCUCAAGUACCUGAAGGUCUUUUGGCAACAGUCACUGUUUGUUUAACAUUAACUGCUCAACGAAUGGCACGAAAGAAUUGUUUUGUAAAAAAUUUGGAAGCAAUUGAAACACUUGGUUCAACAACAGUGAUUUGUUCAGAUAAAACAGGAACAUUAACACAAAAUCAAAUGACUGUUGCACAUAUGUGGUUGGAUAAUCAUAUUAUUGAUGCAGAUAUUGAUGCGUUUCAAUCAAAAUCCAAUUAUACAAGAUUUUCUCAUUGUUGGACAGCAUUAACACGAUGUGCUAUGUUAUGUAAUACAGCUAUAUUUAAAAAUGAUCCAAUCAAUAUUUCAAAACCAGUUGUUCAACGACAAUGUGAAGGAGAUGCAAGUGAAACAGCUAUUCUCAAAUGUAUGGAAGCUGCUGUUGGUAGCGUGCAACAUUAUCGUUUAACUAAUCCAAAAAUCUGUGAAGUUCAAUUUUCCUCAUCAAAUCGUUAUCAAUUUUCAAUUCAUUCAACAAGUGAUAAUGAUGAUCGAUAUUUACUUGUUAUGAAAGGUGCACCAGAAAAAAUUCUUAAAAAUUGUUCAACUAUAUUUGUUGAUGGUGUUGAAAUUGGAUUUAAUGAAUAUUGGAAAAGAGAAUAUCAAAAAGCAUUUAAAGAAUUAAGUAAUCUUGGUGAACGUGUUCUUGCUUUUGCUGAUUAUCGUUUACCAAAAGAACAAUAUCCACGAGAAUAUUCAUUUGAUUGUGAUACAAUUAAUUUUCAUGUUAAUCCAUAUUAUGAAAAUUUUAAUUUUCCAACAACUGGUCUAAGAUUUUUAGGAUUAAUUUCAUUAAUUGAUCCACCACGUGUUAAUGUUGCACAAGCUGUUAAUAAAUGUCGUACAGCUGGUAUUCGUAUAAUAAUGGUAACAGGUGAUCAUCCAUUAACAGCUGCUGCUAUUGCACGUGCAACUGGAAUUAUAACAGAUAAUAGUCCAACUGAAAAACUUAUGGAUAAUGUUAAUGAUAAAAAUGCUCGAUCAUGUGUUUUACAUGGAAAUGCAUUAAAAUCAUUAAGUAAACAACAAUUAGAUGAUGUGAUUAAAUAUCAUGAAGAAAUUGUUUUUGCACGUACAAGUCCACAACAAAAAUUAAUUAUUGUUGAAAGUUGUCAAAGAUUAGGUGAAAUUGUUGCUGUUACUGGUGAUGGUGUUAAUGAUUCACCUGCAUUAAAAAAAGCUGAUAUUGGUAUUGCUAUGGGUAUUACAGGAUCAGAUGUUAGUAAACAAGCAUCGGAUAUGAUUUUACUUGAUGAUAAUUUUGCAUCAAUUAUAACUGGAAUUGAAGAAGGAAGAAUUAUUUUUGAUAAUUUAAAAAAAUCCAUUUGUUAUACAUUAUCAUCAAAAAUUCCGGAAUUAGCACCAUUUUUAUUUUAUAUGAUUUUUGAAAUUCCAUUACCACUUGGAACAAUUGCUAUUUUAUGUAUUGAUUUGGGUACAGAUAUGCUUCCAGCUAUAUCUUUAGCAUAUGAAAGAGCUGAAUCAGAUAUCAUGCUACGACCACCAAGAGAUGCAAAAAAAGAACAUCUUGCAACUGAUCGAUUAAUGUGGAUGAGUUAUGGUCAAUUAGGAAUGAUUCAAGCUGGUGGAGGAUUUUUUGUUUAUACAAUUGUUAUGGCUGAAAAUGGUUUUUUACCAUCGAGAUUAUUAGGUUUAAGAAAAUCAUGGGAUUCAAGAGCAGUUAAUGAUCUGGAAGAUUCUUAUGGACAAGAAUGGUCUUAUGAACAACGAAAAGCAUUAGAAGAUACAUGUCAUACAGCUUUCUUUGUAACUGUUGUUAUUGUUCAAUGGACUGUUCUAUUAUGUUGUAAAUCUCGACGAAAUUCUCUUUUUCAACAAGGAAUGUCAAAUCAAGUUUUAAAUAUGAGUAUUAUCUUUGAAACUGUACUUGCUAUAAUUAUAUCUUAUACACCAUAUAUAAAUCGUGGUCUAAUGAUGUAUCCAUUGAAAUUACAUUGGUGGUUUUUACCAUUACCAUUUACGUUACUUGUUUUUGUCUAUGAUGAAUGGCGAAAAUUUAUGGCUAGAAAAUUUCCUGGAUCAUUUAUUGAUCGAGAAACUUCUUAUUGA